UAGGAGGGAUGUGCGCCCUCCGGUGAGGCUGACCUAUGGGGGAAGAGGCAAGCCGAAUGUGGUGCAGGCUGGGAGUGUGGUUGAGCAGAUUGAGGAAGAUGAGAUCGCUCACUGCUACUGGGCACCAAGCCCUGAGCCCAAGACUCGAGAGGAGGCCUUGAAUGGACCAAAUGGGGAGAAGUGGAAGGCGAGUGAGGAUGAGGAGUUCGGGAGAAGGAUGAAAUCCUCAUGCUCCUGGUGUACGUGAAUGAUAUCCUUCUCUUCUCUGCAUCAACUGCUUUGCUGGACAGCGCAGAGCAGAUGUUGUAGAUGCAGUUCAAGUGCUCCAAGAUGGGUGAGGUGAAGUACUACUUGGGGAUGCAUGUGGAGAGAGAUGUGGAAAAGGGUGUGCUGAGGUUGCACCAAAGGAAGUACUGUGAGGGGCUGGCUCAGAAGUAUGGGCUGCAAGAUGGGGGAAAGCCAGCAACACCACUACCUUUAGGGUUUACUGUGGAGCCAUGUGCUGAUGAGGAGGUAGUGGGUGAGAGUGACAGGAAGCUGUUUCAUUCGAUGGUUGGGUCACUGAACUAUGCUGCAAAUCAUACACGGUCUGACAUUGCAUUUGCUACAUCACGGUUGGCUAGUGUGGUCUCACGCCCUAGUCAUGAGCAGCUGGAAGCGGCCAAGAGGUUGGUCUGCUAUGUGAGUGCUACGGCAUCAGUGGGAUUGGAGUACAGUGGAGUGAGGCAGCGGUUGCAGAGAGGUGCUGCAGAUGUGAAGAGUGGAGAGAUGCUCUUGAAGAUAGUGAAGACCCAUCAGCAGGCAGCAGAUAUUUUCACUAAGCGUCUGGCGGAGGCGGAUCAUUGGAAGGGCAUGAAGCUUGCUGGGAUGAGUGUGCAUUGAGUAUGCAUGCUUGAGAUGUUGGUAUGGUGGAUGAUGGUUGGCAGCCAGAGAGGGAGAUUGUUGUGUGAUGUCAUCAUAUGCUAUCACAUUCUGUCUGCCUCCCAUCUCUUGUUUCAAUUCGUAUGUAU